AUGAUUAUUUGGCAUACCGAAUUUCCUUGCAGCUUGGCGGAAACCUGUACUCGAUCUCGAAUUUCCCUAUCAGCUGUUGUGCACGUUGUACUCACGGAAAAUAUAACACGUCCUAACGUAUAUCCUCACCCGUCACUCGCUAAACGUAUCUGGGUCAUAAGAUAUGAAAACAUUAAUGCUUUGCCCAAAUCAGCACUCAUGAGUCAUAUAUACCGUAUGCGUUUAAAGUAUGAUUCUUCUGACCUUUCAGAUAUGCUCAAAACUGGUUAA